UAAUUCACAGAUUACGUGACAGUUUUUGAGAUUCGCGUUUGAAAUUUUUGAAUGUUUUCAAUGUUUUGCAUGUCCAUUGUUCCAGUCUAAUUUAAAGUUUUGUUUAAUUUUACGAUAAAAGCGCGUCAGUUAUGAGUAAGGCCAAAGUUUCAGCGGAAUGGAAAAAACGAGUAAAGACCGAGUAUAUGAGGCUUCGACAAAUCAAGCGGUUCAAGCGUGCGGACGAGGUGAAGGUAGCGUGGGCGCGCAACCUGCGGCUAAUGUCGACGGCGCUGGAGCCGGCGACGCCGCGCGCGGGCGCGGGGGCGGUGGCGCGCGCGGGGGGGCGCCCGCGCUGGCCCGCGCCGCCGCCGCCGCAGCACCACGAGGCGCUCAUGAAGCGCGCCGACGUCUCCAUCACCGACGCAUGUGGUGUGGUGCGGACCCAGCAGGUGCCCAUCCGCAUCAUCAACUCGGUGAACCCGAUCCCCACCAUGUACACGUGGGCGCCCACUCAGAAGAACUUCCUGGUGGAGGACGAGACGGUGCUGCACAACAUCCCCUACAUGGGCGACGAGGUGCUCGACACCGACGGCUCCUUCAUCCAGGAGCUCAUCAAUAACUAUGACGGGAAGGUGCACGGGGACAAGGAGGGCGGGUUCAUGGACGACGCGCUGUUCGUGGAGCUGGUGCAGGCGCUGAGCGCGGAGCCGCCGCCGGGCGCGGGGGGCGAGGCGGGGGGCGCGGGGGGCGACGCCGCCGGCCCCGACCCGCCGCAGGAGGAGUCGUCGGCGGAGGGUGCGGCGGCGGGGGCGGGGGCAGGGGGCGCGCCGGACUUCGCCAUCUUCCAGGCCAUCAGCUCGCAGUUCCCUGACAAGGGCACCGCACAGGAACUUAAAGAAAAGUACGCGUCGCUGGCGCUGGGCGGCGCGGGCGGCGGCGGCGCGGCGUGCAGCAACGUGGACGGCGCGGCGGCGGAGGCGGCCCCGCGCCACGUCGCGCUGCACUCCUUCCACGCGCUGUUCUGCCGCCGCUGCUUCAAGUACGACUGCUUCCUGCACCGCAGCCACGCGGCAGGGCUGCAGGGCGGCGGCGGCGGCGCGGCGGCGGCGCGGCGGCGCGGGCCCGACCUGCGCGCGCCCACGGAGCCCUGCUCGCCACACUGCUACAUGCUGCUCGACGGCAUGCGUGAGAAGCUGGCGCAGGAGGCGGCGGCGGGCGGCGAGGGCGCGGCGGAGGGCGCGGGGGGCGGGGAGGGCGCGGGGGGCGCGGAGGGCGCGGGGGGCGGGGAGAGCGGCGCGGGGGGCGCGCGCUCGCUCGACUCGCCCAACGACGCCAGCUCCGAAGAUAGUAACGAUAGCAACCGCUUCCAGAAAGGCAGCAACUCCGGCGCAAGCGCGUGGCGCGCCGCCCCCGCCGAGCCGCCCAGCUACGCACCGCUCGAGCUGGCGCCGCCGAGCGCGGAGUGGACGGGCGCGGAGCGCGCGCUGGCGGCGUGCCUGCAGCGCGUGUUCCCCGGCCACCCCUGCGCGCUGGCCCGCCUGCUGCUCACCAAGACGUGCCAGCAGGUGUACUUCCACUGCGCGAGCGCGGGCGCGGUGCGGCGGCCCCCGCCGUCGGCCGAGCCGCCGCGGAACAAGAAGAAGAAGCACCGCCUGUGGUCCGUGCACUGCCGCAAGAUACAGCUCAAGAAGGACUCCGCCGCACACCACGUGUUCAACUACACGCCGUGCGAGCACCCGGGGCGCGCGUGCGACGCGCUGUGUCCCUGCGUGCAGACGCAGAACUUCUGCGAGAAGUUCUGCCAGUGCGACACCGACUGUCAGAACCGGUUCCCGGGCUGCCGCUGCAAGGCGUCGUGCAACACGAAGCAGUGCCCGUGCUACCUCGGCGUGCGCGAGUGCGACCCCGACCUGUGCGGCUCGUGCGCCGCCGCCGCCUGCCGGAACAACUCCGUGCAGAGAGGUCUGCACAAGCACCUGCUGCUGGCGCCGUCGGACGUGGCGGGCUGGGGCAUCUUCCUGAAGGAGGGCGCGGCCAAGAACGAGUUCCUGUCCGAGUACUGCGGCGAGGUGAUCUCGCAGGACGAGGCGGACCGGCGCGGCAAGGUCUACGACAAGUACAUGUGCUCCUUCCUCUUCAACCUCAACAACGACUUCGUGGUGGACGCGACGCGCAAGGGCAACAAGAUCCGGUUCGCGAACCACUCCAUCAACCCGAACUGCUACGCCAAGGUGAUGAUGGUGAACGGCGACCACCGCAUCGGCAUCUUCGCCAAGCGCGCCAUCCAGCCCGGCGAGGAGCUGUUCUUCGACUACAGAUACGGUCCGACGGAGCAGCUGAAGUUUGUGGGCAUCGAGCGGGAGAUGGAGUUCUUAUGAGACCACGUUGUGUAGAGAUCCCGCGCGCGGCGCCGGCGGCGUGACCGCCACGUGUGUGGGAUUUCACAUUGUAGCAUUUAAUGUUCCUGGACAAUGUUAACUGCUUAUAUUUUACGAGUGAUAGUUUGUAAGUUUACCUUGACAUUUACAUGAAAAUGUAAUUCCAACUAUGUACUCUACUGUUUAGGUUAGUUAGUGUUAAAUGAAUUCAUUGAUUAAUCAUUCAUUACAUACAAUGUUAGUAUUUUUUUUAAUAAAUGAUAAAAUUAAACAACAGA